AUGCCACCAAUUGUCCACUGUGUCCGUCACGGACAGGGAUUUCACAAUGUUGGCGGUGGAUGCUACACUCUUCUUGACCCUUACCUGACCACCUUGGGCGAAGAGCAAUGCAUGACCUUGCGACAGACGACCUUUUCAGACCAGUCGAAGAUAUCUCUCAUCCUUGCUUCUCCGCUGCGCCGAACACUUCAGUCCGCCUAUCUAUUGUUUCAGCCAGCACUGAAGACCAACCGGAAGUGUCACCCCGAAAUCAUUGCCAUUCCUGAUGCCCAAGAAACCUCGGACGACCCGUGCGACACUGGAAGUGAUACAACAAUCCUCUACAAUGUAGUAACGGAAACCAAGUGGCCUGUCAACCUUGAUCUGGUUGAGGACAACUGGAACUUGAAGGAUUUGGGGACUCGCUAUAGCCCAGAAAGCAACGCAAUAGCAGACCGAGCUCGCGAAGUCCGUAUUAAUUAA